CGGAUUCGAGGGUUUGUUUUGUUGGUAGAGCUUUCUGAUGCGCUGCUGUUGACUCGCCAUGCCGUCGGAGGGUCGCUGCUGGGAAACUCUAAGUGCGCUGCGGAAUUCCAGCAAAGGCCGCCUGCGCUACCACCGCGAGUGGCUGAUGCACUACGAGGAUGUUUUGGAAGAAUGCACAUCUCUUCCCAAACUGUCUUCUUACUCUGGAUGGGUGGUAGAUCACAUCCUACCCAACACCUCACCCCGCAUGCAAGAGAACUCUCCUGAUAAUUCACCAUCCUCUGGAUCUGCUUCAGGCCUGGACCAACCCUCACUUCUUAAAUCUCCUGUCAAAAGCUCCCCAGAACCCCCCUCACCUUCAACACCAAAUGGAACCAAGAACACAUAUGACUCCCAGCACACAGAACCUAUUGCACUUCUGUCCUCCCGAGCGAUCAAAGUAGAAGGUUGCAUCAGAAUGUAUGAAUUGGUGCACAGAAUGAGAGGAACGGAGGGCCUGAGGCAGUGGCAAGAAGAGCAAGAGAGGAAGGUGCGAGCUCUCUCAGAGAUGGCUUCUGAACAACUAAAGAGGUUUGAUGAGCUGAAGGAACUGAAGCUGCAUAAGGAAUUCCAGGAUUUACAGGAAGUGAUGGAGAAGAGCACUAGAGAAGCCCUAGGACACCAAGAGAAGCUAAAAGCUGAGCAUCGCCACAGAGCCAAGAUUCUCAACCUGAAGCUUCGAGAGGCAGAGCAGCAGCGUGUCAAGCAGGCAGAGCAAGAGCAGCUGCGAAAGGAGGAAGGCCAGAUCCGUCUACGCAGCCUUUACACCCUGCAAGAGGAGGUCCUUCAGCUUAACCAGCAGCUGGGUGCUUCCAAUCAGCACAAAGACCUGCUGAACAUCGACCUGGCUGCCUUCCAGACCCGGGGCAACCAGCUGUGUAGCCUCAUCUCUGGAAUCAUUCGUGCUACUUUGGAGAGUGGUUAUCCCACAGCAGAGAACCAAGCUGAGGCUGAGAAAACCCUGCAGGAAAUGAGGGACCUCCUCUCCAAUUUGGAGCAGGAGAUCACCAGAGCCUAUGAAGUCAAGAAGAAGCAGGAUGAAGAGGAGGCCCGGGUCAAGAUGCAAGAGUCACAGGUCCAGCAGGGUCCAGGGGCUCCCACCCAGCCCCCAGUGCACAGUCCAAGCCCUGCAGUGACACAGAAUGAAGACCUGCAGGUGAAGGUACAAGAUAGUACGAUGCAGUGGUAUCAGCAACUACAAGAUGCUUCUGCCAAAUGUGUGUUGGCCUUUGAGGGCCUGACCAGCAGCAAAGACAGUCAGGCCAAAAAGAUAAAGAUGGACUUGCAGAAGGCAGCCACCAUCCCAGUGAGCCAGAUCUCCACCAUCGCAGGUUCAAAGCUGAAGGAGGUCUUUGAAAAGAUCCAUAGCCUGCUCUCUGGGAAGCCUGUUCAAUCUGGUGGGCGUACUGUGUCUGUCACUCUUAACCCCCAGGGGCUGGACUUUGUCCAGUACAAACUGGCAGAGAAAUUUGUGAAACAAGGUGAGGAGGAAGUGGCCUCUCACCAUGAAGCAGCAUUCCCCAUUGCAGUGGUGGCAUCUGGUAUCUGGGAGCUCCAUCCCAAAGUGGGGGACCUCAUCCUUGCUCAUCUCCACAAGAAGUGUCCCUACUCUGUUCCUUUCUACCCAGCUUUUAAAGAAGGAAUGGCUUUAGAGGACUAUCAGCGUAUGCUUGGCUACCAAGUGACAGAUUCUAAGGUGGAGCAACAAGACAACUUUCUGAAACGAAUGUCUGGGAUGAUCCGUCUGUAUGCUGCCAUUAUCCAGCUCCAGUGGCCAUAUGGAAACCGGCAAGAGGCUCAUCCUCAUGGCUUAAAUCAUGGCUGGCGCUGGUUGGCACAGAUCUUAAACAUGGAGCCUCUGUCAGAUGUGACAGCCACUCUUCUGUUUGACUUCUUGGAGGUGUGUGGGAAUGCCCUCAUGAAGCAGUACCAGGUCCAGUUCUGGAAGAUGAUACUUCUCAUCAAAGAAGACUACUUCCCCAGAAUUGAAGCCAUCACAAGCUCAGGACAGAUGGGUUCAUUCAUACGUCUGAAGCAGUUUUUAGAGAAAUGUCUGCAACGCAGGGAGAUCCCUGUCCCCAAAGGCUUUCUGACGUCCUCCUUCUGGCGCUCCUAAUGCCCUCAUCAGUCAUCGCAUCGUGUUGCAGCAGGGCAACAAUAAAGCAACUAAGACAGCGAGUUUGGAAGAAAUCAUGUUAGAUUUAGAACUUCAUUAUUGUGUUUAUACAUAUAUUUGUACCAUGGAACUAAGAUUUUCAUAGUUCACAGCCUUUUGUCAGUCUCUUGUCAGAUUUGGUAGUUGCUAUAGGUGUCAUGGACAGAACAACAGAACUGGCCUUUCUCAUUUUCACAAGUUAUAAAAGAGGUCAGAAGAGGCACUGAGCACUUGGCUACAUCCUUUUUGUCUCGAGUAUGUUUCAGAAAGUUGGUGAUACUUUAUCUGUUUCCCUCUGACCUAGCAUGAGACUAGUUUUCACUUCUCUCUCUGUCCCAUCCCCUUUUGUACACAUACUUAGAAAGAGUAAACUUCUUAAGAUUCCUUUUAAAGUAUCAGGUGAUGUUGAGGCCAUUCUCUUCUAUGCAGUCUGGGUAUGAGGUAAAGUACUUUAUACUUUAUGGCUUGUAAAUUCCUUGUAUAUUCAGAGGACAUGUAUGAUGUAGACAUGGAUUGAACCCCAGAGUGCAUCAAGGUAGCAGGUAUAUGGAUCAGGACUAGGAACAUGCAACUAUAGAGCACUCUCUGUCUUCUUGAUCUGGAAUUUGGUCCCUGGAUAGCUGGAGAUGCUGUCCUAGAUUAGGUGCCUUUUUGUUUUCUGACAAAAAUGAAGAUGGGCUAACAUACAGGUUAGGUGAAAGCAGAAGACCAUCAGCAGUGAAUGCAUUGGUCACCAGGAGGAGCUGACUGUGUCAGAUGGAAGCUGGUAUUAGGGAUAGAUGGACUCUGUGUACCACACAGGCGGAGCCACGGAUCUAGUCCUGUAAGCAGAGGUCCUUGUGUGGUGGCUCUCUUAAAUGGCCUAAGCAUUUCAAUUGUAAACUACAGUGCCCAAAAAAAAGAAAUACAGCUUGAAUUUUUAAAAAUU